UAGCUAGGCUAGUUCCAGAAUUACAUUAAAAUGUAGCUAUAUUGUAGUGAGUAUUAUUGUCAGAUAAAUGUUCCUGUUGGCAUAUAUAUCUCUGACGCGUUUUUACGUCAUGUUCAGAUAUCAUGGGAGGUGUGAAGCAGGAGCAGAAUGAUGGACCUCCACCAAGAGGCAUGCAGUCCUCUGAUGCAGCACACGAAGAGCAUGUCCGUUCUCUUUCCGUACAGCCUGUGAAGAAGAGGGGAUGGCCGAAGGGUAAGAAGAGAAAGAAGGUUUUGCCCAACGGUCCCAAGGCACCAGUGACGGGAUAUGUGCGCUUUCUGAAUGAAAGGCGAGAGCAGAUCCGUGCUAAGCACCCUGACCUGCCCUUUCCAGAAAUUACCAAGAGGCUGGGCGCAGAGUGGAGCUGCUUAGCACCUCAUGACAAACAGCGCUUCCUGGAUGAGGCGGAGCGAGAAAAGCUGCAGUAUGCCCGGGAGCUGAGAGAAUACCAACAGAGUGAGGCCUAUCAGAUCACCAGUGCCAAGAUCCAGGACAAGAAGGUCAAGAGAGAGGAGUCCCCAUCUGUCAUUAUCAAUGCUAACAGUUCUGGAUCAGCUGCUCUGAAGGGUUCAGACUAUCUGUCCAACAGAUUUGAUGUUCCAAUAUUCACAGAGGAGUUCCUGGACCAGAACAAGGCCCGGGAAGCAGAGCUGCGGCGUCUACGCAAAGCCAACGUGGAGUUUGAGGAGCAGAACGCCGUGCUGCAGAAGCACAUAGCAGACAUGUACAGCGCCAAAGAGAGGCUGGAAGCUGAACUGGGGCAGGAUGAGCUCCGGACUCAGGCCUUGCACAGGCACCUGCUGGCCAUCAAACACACCCUCGUCAGCAGUCUGUCCACUGUGGCCCUGCCAGGCACAGGUGAGACCCCCUCUCUUGGUACCCUGGACUCUUACCUGAGUCGCCUGAGUGGUACUCUGGAGAGCAACCCUCAUGAGCACCGUGCCUUGCUGACUCAGCUCCGCGAUGUCCUUUCUCACCUGGACAGUGAGAAGCUAUGAUGGGACCUCCACACCCAUUCUGACUUGAUGUGGAUCCUGGACGGUGCCCUUCAAUGUAGGAUAGGUGGGAUGUCUAUCUGAUGUAACAGACAAAUUACAAACAGAUAAAACACAAGGCUCUGUCUAUAUAGCAAUACUCUGUGGGAUAUCUGCAUGUGUACAGUCUUGUCCAGUCUUGGUGUGAACAGUCAUUAUGUCAAACUGCCUUACCUUGUUCCAUCUAUAGUUCCUAUGGUUUCUGGGAAAAUAAUCAUGGGAAAAUAAUCAGUUUACAUGCCCUUUAUGGAGAUUGCGGAAGUGUACUGGUGUCAAAUGAGAGACCAAAUGAACUGGGAAAGAUCAUAGCAACAUUUUCAGAAUCGUUUUUUGUAAUGCUAUUGAUAUUAGUUUUGGGGUGGGAAGUUUUGGAUGAAGUUUUUUUUUUUGUAAUGGUUUAUUUGAACAAAUUUGAAAUGGAAGUUUUGUCCUUUUGUCAUUAUUUCAAUUUGCAAUAAAAGUAAAUGUUUGUAA